UGAAAUUCUCAUAAUGUAUGAAAACAAAGGAAAGCGCGGCUUGUCUGCUCAUUUCAGCGGGAAACCACAACAACAAACGACGUACUCUUCAAAAUACGUGUCGAUGUGUUGGAUUUCAUUGUUUUUGUUUGUGCACUCGUCAUUUCCAGCUCAUCAAGAUGCCAGAAAUAAUGAUAAGAAAUGUCCCUGUGCAUUUCCCAUUUGAGCCAUAUGAUGUUCAACGCGCAUACAUGGAGAAGGUCAUAGACUGUCUUCAAUCGGGUGCUCACGGUAUGCUUGAGUCACCAACAGGAACCGGUAAAACACUGAGCUUGCUUUGCUCUACUCUGGCAUGGCUAUCACUGAAGAAGGCUCAAGUGCAAGCCAUGAGAAUGACUAAGGAUGAAAGUGCAUUCUUAGAUGAAUUGAAAGACAGUCUUUCUAGUGCUGCAGGCAGUGCCCCACCAAAUCAAUCUACGUCCUGGGGGGGAAGACUUGGUCCGAAAAUUAUUUACUCCUCCCGUACUCACUCUCAGCUGUCACAAGCUGUACAAGAACUGAAGCGCACUAAUUAUGCUCAUGUAAAAAUGGCCAUAAUUGGCUCCAGGGAUCAGUUGUGUACGCACCCUGAUGUUUCUAAAGAAGAAAAUACCUCAGUGAAGAUUUCUAUGUGCCAAGCAUUAGUCAAAGGUCGUGCUUGUUAUUUGCAUCGUAAUAUUGAAAGAAAAAAAGAUGACCAUGCAUUUACUGAUGCUGGUGUAAUGGACAUAGAGGACCUUAUUAAAGUCAGUGAAAAACUAAAAGUGUGUCCCUACUUCAUGUCACGGGAGCUGAAGCAGUCAGCUGAUAUUAUUUUUAUGCCAUACAAUUAUUUGUUAGAUCCCCGUACUCGCCGGCAGCAAGAUGUUGAUAUAGCUAACAGUAUUGUAAUUCUAGAUGAGGGUCACAAUGUGGAGAAAAUAUGUGAAGAGUCUGCCUCUUAUAGUCUCACCAGCACAGAAGUUGCUAUGUGCAUAACUGAAAUCACAGAGGUCAUGAAAAUCUUUGCUGAGAAUCCUGUUAUGGAUUUUGGUGAUCCUGAUUCAGAUAAAAAGAAAGACUUCACAGAAAAUGAAUUAAUCAUGAUGAAGGAAAUGCUCUUGAAUUUGGAGAAAGUAAUUGAUGACAUUCCUCUUACCCAGAAAGAUAAAACUGAAGCACCGUUUCCUGGAGAAUACAUUUUUGAUCUGCUAGGCAAGGCUACAAUCACUACAGAAACAUAUCCACUUUAUUACAGUCUAGUUGAACAAAUUGUCCAGUAUCUCAAUGCUUUGCGUGAUAGCACUGAUGGCCCUUUCCAAAGAACAGGAGCUAGUCUAGAAAAACUUGCUAAUUUUUUUAGGACUGUUUUCUAUUUUGAAAGAAAGACAUAUGAAGAACAUGUUGGGUCAGUGCGAGAGUGUUACAAAGUUUUUGUUACUCUAGAGAAACCUAAACCCACUUUUAGAAAGAAUUCAUGGCUUUCAGCCACUAACAAUGAUACCAAACCUGGUGGAAAAGUUGUUAAUUUUUGGUGUUUUAAUCCUGGAUAUGGCAUGAAAGGUCUCUUAAAUCUGGGAGUUCAUUCCAUAAUUGUAACAAGUGGUACUUUGUCACCACUUCCUCCAUUAAUUUCUGAACUUGGGAUUCCAAUCAACAUUACUUUGGAAAAUAAGCAUGUUAUCACCAAAGAACAGGUUUUUGUUAGUGUGAUACGAAGUGGGCCAGACAAUGAGCCUCUCAUAUCAACAUUCAAGAACAGAGGUAAUGAUGCCUAUUUGACUUCUUUGGGACGCACCAUUGCCAACUUUGCAAGAAUUAUUCCAGAGGGUCUUUUAGUGUUUUUCCCUUCAUACACUGUCCUCAAUCAAUGUAAAGAACACUGGGAACAAUCUGGUAUUUGGAAUCAGAUAUUUUCUCAGAAGGAAAUUUUUGUUGAGCCCCAAGGCAAAAGGCAAUUGAAAGAAGUCAUGGACAACUAUUAUUCUCGUAUAUAUCAGCCCGGAUCUAAAGGGGCUUGUUUCCUUGCUGUCUGUCGUGGCAAAGUUUCUGAAGGUCUGGACUUUGCCGAUCAGAAUGGACGUGCUGUUAUCCUGACAGGCCUGCCGUACCCUCCAUUCUAUGACCCUAGGGUUGUCAUGAAAAGAGAGUACCUUGACAAAAACAAAAAGAAGGUAACAGGCCAUAACUGGUACCAACUUGAAGCUACUCGAGCUGUCAAUCAGGCUGUUGGAAGAGUAAUCCGUCACCGUAAUGAUUACGGGGCUGUGUUGUUUUGUGAUAGUCGUUUUGCUGAUCCUCAAGUAAAACAGCAAAUGUCUGCCUGGUUAAGACCUUAUAUUCAGACACCAAAUCAGUUUGGAGCGGUCACACGUGGUCUGUGUCAAUUCUUUAAAAACGCAAGAGAAACACUUCCCCAACCAGCCAAAAAAGAAAUGUCUGUUGCAUGGGAUGAGGUUUCCAAUGAACCUGUAGUGAGAAAGGCAGUGUCUGCCGCCUUUGAUACGACAGCAACCUGGAAGGCAAAGCCAAACAAGUCUGUAGGGAAUUUCAAUUGGUACAGCCAAGAUAGAACACCAUCCAAAAACUUACCCUCUAGUUCCGUGUCCUCUGCAUCUCCUAGUACUAUUUCUUCCCCGUAUACCCAAUCUACUAAAGUCUCUAAACAGCCCAAGAAUACCAUAAAAAGUAUGUUUGGUGCUCUGGAUCAGUCUGUUGAGGUAAUUGAUUUUAACUCUGUUGAGGCUGUGCCAGACACUCCUGUAACCAGCUCAUCUGCUGACAAAACACUCUUGGAUUGCACCAACCAGACCUUAAGCCCCAUAAGAAAUGAAAGUGCCCCGCCUGAACCCAAACGGAGGAAAUUGAGGGUAAUGGGUGUUCCACUCAAUUUUGAGCAGGCCACAUCAAGUAGUGCAAGUGCCUCAGAGAGCUCUGAAGGGAAUGACCGUAAAAUUCAAAUGAUGGCCUACCUUAAACAUGUGAAGUCCAAGUUGACAGCAGCUCAAAUGCAGGAGUUCAACUUGGCUGUUAGAUCUUAUUCAAGAAGCUCUGAUUACCAACAGCUUAUUGAAAUAUUAGACAGACUGUUUAGUGAUUCCAGCCUAUUUACUUGUUUAAAAGGGUUUGAUACAUACAUAAAAUCUGCUCACAAGAGUGCCUUUGCUGAUUUCUGCCAGAAAAAAUUAAAUUCUCAGUAGUUAUAGAUUUUGGGAGUUUAAAAUUUUACUCAGCAUUUUUUAAAAAAAUUUCCCUGAUUGGAACUUUGUAUUUACUGAAUCACCUGUAAAGAUUGUCCCAUUAACAGGGUAAUAUUGGGUUCUGCUAGUUUUCCUUGAUAAUGUUUUUCUUAGGUUUAUUUUCUCAAUUUUGUUAUCUUUGAAAGAUUUUGAAACAUUGACAUAUUUUUUUAAAUGAUUUUUUUUUAGAAGGUUGAUUGUUAUUGUGAAAAGAAGAACUAUUGUUUCAUGUUCUUAAAUAGUUGUUUCUGGCAUGAAUUGAUCUAUUUUUACUAUGUGACCGGCAGGAUCAUCAUGUGUGUGUAUUGAUAGCAUAUUUUUCACCCAGUGCAAACUGCAUAUAAAAUAUUAUGAAAUAAUUCUG